AUGCGUCCACACGUUUCCUACCAUGCCACAUGGCGUCUGGGAGACAUUGACGGCCUGCAUGCCCACGCCGUAGGCAGUUUAUCCUUCAUCGACCUACUUCCAAACGCGGUUAUUACACCGAAGCAUGUGCCAUUGCGGACGAAGUUCGCCUUCACUGACUACCAGCCGACACAACCACUCUCUAAAGUUGUGCGUGUCAAGGAGGUGCGUAAGAACCUACUGACGGGACCUGGUGCUGCUUUCGAGGGAGAUGUUGGAAGACUUUUGGGUGCAGAAGCCGUCCAAUUGGGAGAUGCUCCCGAACCUGCCUUAUCCUCCCUGUAG